ACGUAUGCAGCAGUUUCUCUGGACUAAUGUGAUUUAAUUGUAAAACAAUUCAUAAUUUUAAGCAAUUAUUUAACCAGUUUAAAUGUCAAAAAAAUAAUUUCUGAACUGAAAUCUGUGAUGUCGAUUGUGUACACGGCAUAAUUUUUAAUUUCUUUGAUUUUUUACGUAAAAUGUGAAGUGAAUAUCAGUAUUGUGAACAAUAAAAUAAACAAUGGCAUUCGUGAGUGCAGUUACAGGUGAUGACUCCACGAAGAAAUUCAUGGAGGUCCUCCAAAGUGACUUUAAGACACUGAGUUUGGAAACUAAAAAGAAAUAUCCUCAAAUAAGAGAGGCUUGUGAUGAAGCUAUAGAGAAGCUAUCAUUGGCUGCAAAUAACCCUCAAGCGUCGCUGUAUGGUGUGGUGAAUCAAAUAUUGUACCCAUUAGUUCAAGGAUGUGAGUCCAAAGACUUGAAAAUUAUCAAGUUCUGCCUCGGAACGAUCCAACGUCUUAUCGCCCAACAAGGCAUAGAUGCCAAAGGCGCGCGGCAUGUGGUGGAUUGCCUCUACAACCUGGGACAGAGUGGCGUCCUGGAGCUGAAGCUGCUGCAGACUGCAGCGCUGUUGAUGACAACAUCGGACUUGGUGCAUGGCGACACUCUGGCCAGGACAAUGGUGAUGUGCAUGCGCAUGGUGUCGACUACUGAGACGCGCGACGUGAGCACGAGCCACGCAGCCGCCGCCACCGUCAGGCAGCUGGUGGCGCUGGUGUUCGAACGGGCACUCGCUGAAGCUGAUGGUACGCUGAAAGUGAAUCCGGCGGAUGUGAGAAUUCAAACGAAUAAUAAGGCGCCAAAGGAUCUUAAACCUUGCGCUGUUGAUGCAUAUCUUAUUUUACAAGAUAUAAUUCAACUGAUAAAUGGCGAUGCGGCCCACUGGCUGGUGGGCACUGCUGAUGUGCCAAAGACCUUCGGGUUGGAGUUACUGGAUACUGUGCUGACUGAUUUUUCACCUGUAUUUUUUAAGAUAUCUGAAUUCAGAUUUUUACUAAAGGAACACGUCUGUGCUUUGAUCAUACGAUUGUUUUCCCCGAAUGUUAAAUAUCGGGCCGCAUUCACGUCCCUGCACAUACCGGGCGCGGCGCCCCCCAACACGCAGCCCGGCGCGGGACCCAACAGCCCCGCCACUGGCGACCGGCCGCAUUUCCCCGUCACUAUGCGGCUGCUGAGGCUUGUCUCCAUAAUCGUGCAUAAAUACCACUCAGUGUUGGUGACAGAAUGCGAAAUAUUCCUAUCAUUGACGAUAAAGUUCUUGGACCCCGACAAACCGCUGUGGCAGAGAGCUCUCGCGCUAGAGGUGCUGCACAAAAUGACGAUACAACCAAAUCUGCUGAAGGCGUUCUGCGAGUGCUACGACAUGAAGCCGCACGCGACCAACAUAUUCCAGGACAUCGUGAACGCUCUCGGCGCGUACGUGCAGAGCUUGUUCGUCGCUUCUAACGUCAACACUCCUGCAGGGUCAUCAGGCAUUCCGCAGCAGUCCGGCUUCUACUGGAAGGGCGUGUGGUUGCCUCUGUGCGUCACGUUCGAGCCGGGAACAGCGAAAUCUGUUUAUAUCGAAAUGCUGGACCGUACCGAAGCGCCGACGAUACAAGAUGGCUACGGGAUAUCUGUGGCGUACGCGUGCCUCAUGGAGAUCAUACGUUCCAUCGCCAUUACCGUCGAGGGCCAGGAGUACUUCCGGCUGCAUGAAUUAUACGAUGACACGCAAAACGACGUCGAAGAAAAGGAGAUAAACUCUAACAAAACCACUGCUAACCAAAAAGAAACAACCGAGACUGAUAAAGAAGUGACGAACAACGGUCACAACGGCGAGGCGGAUCAGAACUCGAACCUCGUGCAGAAGAUAGAGAGCGAAGUGGAGGAUAAAGAGCUUCAGCUGAGGCUGCAGUUGUUAAAGUCUUCGUGGUGCGGACUGGUGUGGGGUCUGUCGGUGCUGGCUGAGGCGAGCAUUGGUGAGUUGGAGAACAUUCUGCGCGCCAUACAGACCCUGGCCAGGGUCAGCGGGAAGGUGGGCGCGGUGGGCGCGCGCGACGCGUGCAUGGCGGCGCUGUGCCGCUGCGCGCUGCCGGCGCAGUACUGCGUGCCCGCGCUGGGCGCGUUGGGCGCGCUGCCCUGCCCCUGGCGCCGCGACGCGCCCGCCACCGACCACGACUACCGCCACCAGGUCGUCUGGGUCGGCACGCCGCUGCCCUCCGCCUCGCUACCCACCGGUCAGCAACAAUCGUUCGUGAUGGUGACCUCGCGCCACGUGACCGCGAUGAAGGCGCUGCUGUGCGCCGCGCAGAGGGACGGAGACACGUUCCAGCAGGCGUGGCUUCCCGUGCUCACCACCCUGCAGCACCUUGUAUGGAUCCUGGGCCUGAAGCCGUCCACCGGCGGCAGCAUGAAGGCGAGCCGCGCCAGCGCCGACGCCAACUCCGUCAUGAGCACCUCCGCUGUCAUGGCCGACUUGCCAGGUCAGCAAGUUCCGGUCGCCGAAUCGCUCGGAGUCAUGAGUGCUCUAUCUGCGAUGUUGUCUCGUGUUUUUGAGUCGUCGAAGAAUUUGGAUGAUGUCGCGUUACACCACCUUAUCGAUGCGUUGUGCAAGCUCUCUAAUGAGGCGAUGGAACUGGCUUAUUCUAACAGGGAGCCAUCACUGUUCGCCGUGGCAAAAUUACUCGAAACCGGCCUCGCUAACAUGCACCGCAUAGAAGUGAUGUGGAGGCCGAUUACAAAUCAUCUUCUAGAAGUGUGCCAACAUCCCCACAUAAGGAUGAGGGAGUGGGGAGUGGAGGCGAUAACUUAUUUAGUGCAAGCCGCGUUCCAGUACCAUCACAAUAAUCCAGUACAUGUUACAGAGGCCCGUGAACGUCUUCUCCUAGAACCGUUAGCAGAACUGUGCUCGGUGCGGCAGUGCGACGUGCGAGCGAGACAGCUGGACUGUGCGGCCAGGCUGCUACACUCGCGCGGGGACCAGCUCGGCGCCGCCUGGCCGCUCAUGAUGGAGAUCAUUACGGCGAUAUCCGCGCAUCAUAGCGAGCAGCUCAUCCGGUCGGCGUUCCAGUGCGCGCAGGUGGUGGCGGGCGACCUGCUGGGCUGCGCCGGCCCGCGCUGCCUGCGCCGCGUGCUCAACGCCGCCGCCGCCUUCGCGCUGCAGACCAAGGAGCUCAACAUCAGCCUCACCGCCGUCGGACUCAUGUGGAAUAUAUCGGAUUACCUGUACCACAAUCGCGACAAGCUGGUGGCGGCGCUGGCGAGCGACGCGGCGGUGUGCCCCGAGGUGCCCAACCACGCCGACCUGCCGCCGCUCGACAAGCUGUGGAUGUGUCUCUACAUUAGACUCAGCGAGCUGUGUACGGAACCGCGUGCGCCGGUGCGUCGCGCCGCCAGUCAGACCUUGUUCAGCUGCAUCAGCGCCCACGGGACCCUGCUCAGCAAACCCGCCUGGAGAGCCUUGCUAGCUGUCCUGUUCCCUAUGCUUGAUCAGGUGCAGAAACAGUCGAACAUAGCAAGUUCUGAGAAGGUCGACACAGGAGAACACAUAUUGAUACAUCACACGAGAAACACUGCGCAGAAACAAUGGGCCGAGACUCAGGUCCUCACCCUUUCGGGAGUGUCCCGCGUGUUUCACUCCAGGUUCCAGCUGUUGACCACCGUGGGAGAUUUCAACAGGUCUUGGACGGCAUUACUGGAUUAUAUCACAGACUUCGCGCUUCAAAGAAGUCAUGAGGUAUCAGUGGGCGCAUUGAAGUCGUUCCAGGAGGUGGUGAGCGCGGCGGGGCGGUGGGCGGAGGGCGCCGGGCCGGAGACCGCGGCGCUGCAGCGGCGCGUGUGGGCCGCCGCCUGGGCCGCCUGGACCAACGUCGCCGCGCACCCCGCCCUCGCAGAGCCACAGCAACCGUCGGAAGACGGCAAGCCGGUGGAGGUGUACGCGCCGUCGCUGAACUUCCUCACCACACUCGUGCAGAUCUUCCCGCUCAUAUUCCAGCACAUACGCACCACGUUCACGGAAGCGGACGUGCAGAAGCUGGGCGCGUGCCUGGUGCAGGUGUGCAGCGUGGAGCCCUCGGCCGCCGCCACCGCGCUGGAGGGGCUCGCCAGCGCCGCGCCCGUCAGCGUACACGCGCUGCACUGCCUCGACAUCGUGCAGAAGGAGGCGUGGAGCCGGCACGAGCUGGUGCGCGCGACGUUCUCUGCGCUGGGGUCGCUGGCGGGCGCGCUGGGCGGCGCGGGCGGGGCGCGGUGCCUGCGCGCCGCCGCCGCGCUCUACCGCGCCGCGCCGCUCCCCGCCGCGCCCGCGCUGCCGCUGCUCAUACAGGCGUUACACACGUCAGUGCAGAAAUGCGGGCAGGACAAGCGCAGACGCACCUCCGAACAGGUGGAAGAGGCUGCGCAGAUCUCAUCGCUGUUGUUACAGGUACUAGGAACGUGUUUGCCGCUGGCGAGGGAAAACCCGGAAGAAUACAAAGAGUUUUGGGAGAUGCUCCCCAAAGUGUUGGAGACGUUCCUGUUUGAACCUCCUGCCGGGGGCGGCGGCAGCGCGCGCGCGCUGGUGCUGGCGGUGCGCGAGCUGGCGCUGGGCGCGCGGCCGCGGGCGCCGGCGCCGCUGCUGCGCCGCCUGCUCGCGCUCGUGCGCGCCGGCUCGCUGCACGCGCACAGCCUGCCCGCACAAAAUGACCAAGAAUUAAAAGAAAGAGAAGAGUUCGCGAGGACAUGUUUUGAAACCUUGCUGCAGUUCUCCAUGUUGGAAGACGUGGAUUCACUCACAGGAGUCGAAGAUGAUGCAGAUCCCUUGGCGAUAGUGGCGUUACUGGACAGGUUCCAGGAAGUUAUAACCAAGUACACUCAGGACGAUGACAAUCCGGAGCCGCUACCCAGGCAUCAAGUUUCGGAGAUAUCGUUCGUAUUAAAAGCAAUAGCGACGCUGACUGAGUCGAUGAAGAAGGCGCCGCCGGGGAAAGUCGACGCCGCGGCGUGGCAGAAGUUAAUAGGCCUGUACCCGUGGGUGGUGUCGCUGGCGGCGCACCCGCGCGCGUGCGCGGUGGGUGCGGGCGCGGGGGCGGCGGGCGGCGCGGAGGGCGCGGGCGCGGCGGUGCGGGAGGCGCUGCUGCAGUUCGGCUCGCUGCUGGCCGCGCCCACAUAGCGCCGCGUGCUCUACACCAUACACAUAUAGAGCACGAGGCUCUAGCGCGACGUGACGUCACGCAGCGGCAUCCGUUCACACGUCACGUGCGCGCGUGUGCAUCAAGCAAUGUUAGACAAAUCACAGUCAACUAGUAUACAUAGUAUAGACAAAACAUUGGACUUCCGAUUAGUGGUUUAAAUAUAGUUACGCUGGACGCAUCACGUAGCCAUAAAGGUUCGUUCACAUCCAACGACGUUGAUUCAUUCAGUUCACAACACACCGAUAACGGCUGAUGAAUGUAGUACUAUUAUGUAUAAGAUUUCAAUAAUAACAUUUUGUAUUGCUGUAGAUUUUGAUAUAUUUGGUGUUGUGUUGCUAUAUGAUUAGCUGGAAGUUACCUAGCAAAUUCACUCUACAUCUAAUAUCUUGACCAGGAAAAUAAAAAACUUCGAGGGCGCCACUUUUACGUUUUAGUUUUAAAGUUAACUUAGUUCAAGAAAUGAUUUCCAUAUUUUGCCAUAACAUGGUCAGGUUUUUUAUUUUUCUGGUCAGGUUAUAAUAACCUAACUUUAAACAAGUCACUGUUUUGUCACUAUUCCUCGUGUUAAAUAAUUAAAGAGAGAAAGAGACAAAAUACUGAUUUGUGUAAAUAAAUGAUAAGGAUUAAUUGUCGGCUAUAAUAUAAUUAUCCGCUCGUAUUUUUUUCAAUAAAUUAGUAAUAAGCUAUGUGACAAGACAAAUAGUGUAACAGAUACUCUGAAUAGUCAGUCUUCGUCUUUCAAUGCUAAUUGCAAACUGAAAACAGGUCUAAGUUUAUAUACAUAAGUGUUUUUAUCGUGUGCUCAUAGACUGCGUGGUUUUAUUAAUUAUAGAAGUUUGCUAACACGUUAUACGUCGUCAGAUGUGAACGAACCUUACUGUGUAUAGAUUUUGACGAAAUAUAUAUAAUCAUUCCUUGUUUUGUGUGAAAAUAUGUUUUGUAUAUAAUGAUAUAAUUUUAUUUAAUAUUCGGGUGUGUUUUAAUGUCCGAAAGAAUUUUUAGCCGAACCCGAAUUUCGGCUUGUCAUUUCGGCCUAUAGAUUUUCGUUCAAUUCGGUCAACUAAAACUGACAAUAGUUUGUAUUUUUAUAAAUAUAACUCCAACCAUUAAUCGUUUUCGGUAAAAAUGUUUUAUCACUAGAAAGCGAAGCCGAAUUAUCGCGAAGUAGGCCAAAACCGAAAAUUCUUCGGACAUUAACGAAUAGCACAGUUGACGAAUUAAUUUAUUGAAACGCUAGAUUACAGUAGGAAGUAGAUGGUUUGAACCGCCGAGUUCUAUACAGAGCCUAGAUCCAGGGAUGAUGGAUAGCCUGGAAUUUAUAAGCAUCAGUUUAAUGAUAUAUUUUUAUUCUUCAACUAAGACGGGAAUCCACGAUAGGGUCCAUCCCUACGAAAAAAAUCAUUACCAAGAAAGCCUCGCCAUGUGCUGGUUAAAGGAGGUACUAGUUUCUUGUAUAGACAAAUUUUACAAAACGAAUAACUUAAAAUGGUAUCCGCGAAGCAGGUUUAGUAUUAUCUUGUUCAGGUUAUAAUUUUAUUUAAUUUUUCGGUUUAAUUCUGAUGGUUCAGAAAGGCUAGAACCUAUAUCUUGGAUCCUCAUCUGAAUGAAGAAUAUACGCGUAUAAUUGAGCUCCUGGAUCGCUAUGCCUUAAAUGCUUUGUCCCGGACUUCUACCAAAAUGAAGGUCAUUCAUAUAUUACGUCUUUUACUCGAGAAAAUAACUAAAUAUCUUUAUGUUUAAGUUACAUAAUUGAUUGGGUAUUCCGAUUAUUAUAUUAUUAAUUAAUUUAUUCUAAUUUUAAAUAAAAUUAAUUAAAAAUGAUGUAACGAGUAAUAAGUGGAAGCAGUGAUUGGAAACAAAGACGCAAUAUAUGAAUGAUCCCGAAAAAUACAAUUUCAAUAUUUUCUUACCAUCGCGUAGACAAUAUAUUAAAAUGUGCAUAAAAUAAUUUUCAUAAUUCUUGGCCGUAAAAUACGCCUUUCUUCAAUUAUUAAUGCCAAUAAAAAAGAAUGUAAUUAGGGGGCCUUAUUCCGUCUACGAGGGCUAAUCCGUCUUUUGGCAAUUACGGGCGUUCUAAUCGAAGGAAAGCUUUAGUAGUCGUAAAUAAAUUAAAAUAAAAUGUUUUAUUCAUCACGUAGUCGAACAUAGUUGCACUUAUCAUAUGUCAAGGUACAUGAAAAUAUUUAAUUAAAGUAGCUUAUAUAAACAAAGACAAUUUAUAUGAAAAUAAAACAAAUGAAAAAUUAAGUAAACAAAGAAGCCAGCUCAGGCUGGCAGGAAAGAAGAAAUAAAGUAGGUGAAUUGAGUCUCUUACCUAUACGGCUGUCAAAGCUGACCAUAUAUUAAAACGCCCGUAAUUGCUAACAGACGGAUUUACCCCCAUAGACGGAAUAAGAACACUGACAUACAAAUGAUAUAUCCGAGAGACAAACAUCGGUAACAUUUCCAUACUUGUAUGUUUUUAGUAGCGACAAUGAUUGUGGAAAGGCGUCUUGGCUUAAGUGUUUAUAAUAAAUUUAAAAUAAUGCUGGUUUUUCGUGCAGUAAUAUUAGCGAAUGUUUGCGAUUUAGACUAUCGUGUUUGUUUUACGUCCAAACAAUAGUCCAACUUGAAUUAAAGAUGAUUUUUUUAUAACCUUUGACAAUUGCUUGAUUUCUGCACUGAAUCGUAUAGGAAAUGUAUGUUUAACUCUGGGUCCCUCGUAUUGCAUUGUCUAAGUAUGUAUUCAAGCAAUAGUGUAAGUAAUACGUUUUAAUUUUAAAGAAAUCGACGUGUAAAAUUAUUUGAAUUAUAAUUCGCAUGUAGUGUCUAUGUGUUGAUGCAGUUUCUUGAAAUAUUUUCAAAUUUAGCAUCCAGGGUUUACCAACCAGAUUCAGUGGCGACCACAGCGAUAUCAACCGUAUCACGAUGUGUUAAAGUUCAAUGUGAUACUGUUGAGGUGAACUUGAAUAUUUUGAACCCUGGAUGAUUUUAUUAUUGUUAUGGGUAAGCCAUUUACUAUCAUAGGCUAUACUUCAUUCAAAACAGAAGCUACAGAGUAACCUACUCGUCUAGAACUUAUUCAUUCAAUAAUUCAUUCAUUCAUUCAUUCGUUCAUUCUUUAAUUACACAAAAAAACGUUGUACUAUUGUCAGGACGCACUAUCUAUCUAUCGAAAAACUAACUUUCCUAUAUUGACUGCUACUGUUCUAAGCUUGUAUCCAAAGCUAACAGAUAUGUAGAGUAUUAAGCUAGAAUAGAAACGCCAUAGCGUGAUUGUGUUGUAACGGAGUCAAUGGAUUAGUUAAGACGCGGUUACCGUUUUCAUUUUAUAUAUUUUAUUAUUCGCCAUUAGUUGGAUGCGGCCCUGUGUAUAGCGCCAGUAUCAGUUUAAAAAAUAAUGUUACGUAGUUACUAUAAUAUCCGACUUUUGCUGGUGGGUUUAGGUCUUACGUUGACUUAGUGCGGGCAGACAUCACAUAAUUUGGAAAUUUUCAAAAAAAAAAUUAUACGUGCGCGACAAAGUGACCCCACUACACCUGAUGGUAAGUGGAGUGGUGUCCAAAAGAACUUCGAGUGUCGACAGUUGAUUAUCCCUCGACAGUCGACUCAGUUAUGCCGGCCACAGGCUGAUCCCGGAACUUACGUGGACCACUAAGACGGGUUUUAACGCCUUGUGUACGGUGGUCGUUAUCCGGGCGGAUACAAAAUAUAUCCACCACUAUUGAAUAUAUAAUAUAGAACUGGUAUUAAUGAGUUUGUUUACAGAGAUUAAUCUCUGAACUUGUUACUAAUAUUAAAAAUCAUUCUGCGAUGAAAAACUACACUGUGAAUGAUCGAUAAACCUUAAUAUUUUUAUUGUAUACAAAUGAGGUGAAAGGGAAGAAGAGUUAUAAAAUACUCCCUAUUAUUUAGUGUUGUAUGAAUUUGUAUUUGGAGCUGUUGAUAACACAGGGCUGCAGUCAAUUACAUGGAUCGUGUUUCAUAUAACGAAUAAAUAAAUUAGAACUAAA